GGACCAAGGACAGCCGCUCGCGCUGUGCAUCAGGUCAUUGGACCUUCGGCAGACCAGAAUAUAAGUCGGAUUCGUGACUAUAGGAUUUAAGCAGACAUGCAAGACCAAGAGGAAUAAAGCAAUGCAAGAUUGGAGACAACGAAUUAAUCUAUUAAUAAUUCAUAAUUGAGUCAUUUUGCAAUGAUCUAAUAAUAUCAACAGGGUACCAUCAUCCAAACCGUUGCUCUCUUUUUAAAUCUUUUUUUUUUUUUGUGGUGCAGGUGAUGAAGAAAGGUCAUUUUGAAAGCGACAACAGCCUGAUGCACAUUCAUCAAUAGACUUUAUUCAUAACUGCAAUACGCUGGUAUCACUCGCAGGUUGUGGAGUACGUGGAGUCCUACGCUAUGUAAACGAGAUGUGUCUACGACACACAACUGAUCAACAGUAGGUUAACUAUUCAGUUUGGGACCAGUACAACCAUGCGUUUUUUAUUUCUCCUUGGCAUUUUCAUCUCCUGCUCCUGCGCCCGCGGCGGUUGUGAGCCGAAGAUUGUCAACAUCGGAGCGGUUCUGAGCCAGAAAAGGUUCGAACAAGGGUUCAAAGAGGCAGUCGCCCAGGCCAACACACUGUAUGGGAAGGAUAAGUUCAAGCUGAACGCCAUCUCUGUUACUCACAAACCCAACGCCAUUCAGAUGGCCCUCUCAGUCUGCGAGGACCUCAUCUCAAACCAGGUGUAUGCUAUCCUAGUGAGCCAUCCGCCCCAGUCCAACGACCAUCUGACCCCAACGCCAGUCUCCUACACCGCCGGCUUCUACCGCAUCCCCGUGGUCGGGCUCACCACGCGCAUGUCCAUCUACUCUGACAAAAGCAUCCACCUGUCCUUCCUACGCACAGUCCCGCCCUACUCCCACCAGGCCCAGGUGUGGUUCGACAUGAUGCGCGAGUUCCGCUGGAACCACAUCAUCCUCAUCGUGAGCGACGACCACGAGGGGCGGGCCGCCCAGAAAAAGCUGGAGACGCUCCUGGAAGAGAGAGAGACCAAGACUAAAAACAGGAACUAUGAAAACCUCGACCAACUGUCCUAUGACAACAAGCGAGGACCUAAGGCAGAGAAAGUUCUCCUGUUCAGCCCAGAGACCAACCUGACAUCUCUGCUGCUGGAGGCCAGGGACCUGGAGGCGCGGGUCAUCAUCCUCUCUGCCAGCGAGGACGAGGCCGCAGCCGUGUACAAGGCCGCGAGGCAGCUGAACAUGACAGGCUCUGGUUACGUGUGGCUGGUCGGAGAGAGGGAGAUGUCUGGUAAAGCUCUGAGCGAGGCCCCAGAUGGCCUGCUGGGGCUCCAGCUGAUCAACGGGAAGAACGAGUCGGCUCACAUCACGGACGCCGUGGCGGUCGUGGCGCAGUCCCUCCAGGAGCUGUUUGAGAAGGAGAACAUCACGGAGCCGCCGCGAGGCUGCGUGGGCAACACCAACAUCUGGAGGACCGGCCCACUCUUCAAACGAGUGCUGAUGUCGGCAAAGUAUCCAGACGGCCUGACAGGAAGGAUCGAGUUCAACGACGACGGAGAUCGUCGCUUUGCCACUUACAGCAUCCUCAACUACCACAAGACUCGCAUGGUGCAAGUGGGCGUGUUCAACGGAACGCAGGUGGUGAUGAACAACCAAAGGAAGAUAAUCUGGCCUGGGGGAGAGACCGAGAAGCCCAGAGGAUACCAGAUGUCCACCAGGCUGAAGAUCGUGACCAUCCACCAGGAGCCGUUUGUGUACGUCCAGGCCACCAAGCCUGACGGAACCUGCAAGGAGGAGAAGGCCGUCAACGGAGUCACCAUGAAUAAAGUCAUGUGUAACGGGCCCAAUGGAACCAUCCCAGGCCAGCCUAUCGUUCCACAGUGUUGCUACGGUUUCUGCAUUGAUCUGCUGAUCAGGCUGGCCAAUACCAUGAACUUCACCUACGAGGUUCACCUGGUGGCUGAUGGGAAGUUUGGGACCCAGGAACGUGUCAACAACAGCAACAAGAAGGAGUGGAACGGGAUGAUGGGGGAGCUGCUAGGAGGCCUGGCCGACAUGAUCGUGGCUCCUCUCACCAUCAACAACGAGCGCGCUCAGUACAUUGAGUUUUCCAAGCCGUUCAAGUACCAGGGCCUCACCAUCCUGGUCAAGAAGGAAAUCCCUCGCAGCACUCUGGAUUCCUUCAUGCAGCCGUUUCAGAGCACACUGUGGUUGCUGGUGGGUCUGUCGGUCCAUGUGGUGGCGGUGAUGCUCUACCUAUUAGACCGGUUCAGCCCAUUUGGAAGGUUUAAAGUGAACAGUGAAGAAGAAGAAGAAGAUGCCCUCACCCUCUCCUCUGCGAUGUGGUUUUCAUGGGGAGUGCUGCUCAACUCCGGGAUAGGAGAAGGAGCACCCCGGAGUUUCUCAGCAAGAAUCUUAGGUAUGGUGUGGGCUGGGUUUGCCAUGAUCAUAGUGGCAUCCUACACUGCCAACCUGGCAGCCUUCCUGGUGCUGGACCGGCCUGAGGAGCGCAUCACCGGCAUCAACGACCCCAGGCUGCGUAACCCAUCAGACAAGUUCAUCUACGCCACAGUGAAGCAGAGCUCGGUGGACAUCUACUUCCGGCGGCAGGUAGAACUCAGCACCAUGUACCGCCACAUGGAGAAGCACAACUACGAGUCUGCCGCCGAGGCCAUCCAGGCCGUACGAGACAACCUGCUGCAUGCGUUCAUCUGGGACAGUGCCGUGUUGGAGUUUGAGGCGUCCCAGAAGUGUGACCUGGUGACCACAGGAGAGCUGUUCUUCCGUUCUGGCUUUGGCAUCGGUAUGAGGAAGGACAGUCCCUGGAAGCAGAACGUGUCGCUGUCCAUUCUCAGUUUCCAUGAGAAUGGAUUUAUGGAAGACCUAGACAAGACCUGGGUCAGGUACCAGGAGUGUGACUCCAGAAGCAACGCCCCGGCAACACUUACGUUUGAAAACAUGGCUGGUGUGUUCAUGCUGGUUGCCGGGGGCAUCGUGGCAGGGAUCUUCCUGAUCUUCAUUGAGAUUGCCUACAAACGACACAAGGAUGCCCGUCGGAAGCAGAUGCAGCUGGCCUUUGCUGCGGUCAACGUCUGGAGGAAAAACCUGCAGCCCUACCCCACAGACAUAACUGGACAGCUCAACCUAGCAGAUCCCUCCGUCAGCACCGUGGUGUGAGCGGGAGGAACAAGAACGAGAGCGAUCGAGGUAAAGAGAGACUGAAGAGAGAGAGAGAGGAUCCUGGUUUGUUGGGACCAUGCUGCUAUGCUUCCGGGGCCACCGCCCACCUUCUCCAUCCUCUGCUCUGAUUGGUCCUUGCCUGUUCUUAAACUCACAUGGAGCUCAUUAUUGGCCAUCGUCUUGCCACAGCACGCUGGCAGGAAGUGGAGAUGUGACAUCACCCUGACUCACUGUGCCAACAGCCAAUUCACCC